AUGACCGACAUGGACCUCACGUUUGACCUAAUCCCCGAGGGGGGUGCUAACAGCUUUCACUUGCUCAAUGACGAUGACGAAGUUUUCCGAACCAUCUGGGCUCAGACGACCAACAAUGAAGCGCCAUUGAGUGUGCGAGUCAAGCUUGCUGAAGUACACCAUGGCCGGAUGGUGCACGAGUCGAAGAGCUACGAGGCAACACUUUUGGUUUUCGAGAUUCGGUUCGAGAGCGUGCUGCAGGAGCGCAGGUACAAAUCUGCCCAGGUCACCUUCGAAUUCUUCGACAAGGAAGGAAAGGCCAGACGGGAUCCCCAUGUCGUCAAACUGGCGCCCGAAAACAUGCACUGGCUGAACAAGACGACCAAGGACAAGACGAGCAGCCGCGAGACGACCGUGGGAGCUAGGGUCGGCCCGGAAAUAGCUGGUGCGGAAGCCAACACGCGCUGGACGGUCGAGUACACGGAGCCAAAGAAGUUCAAGGCGACGCUGGCCGGGAAGCCGCAUUUCAGCAAGGGUCGUCUCUAUCACCAGAACCAUAAUGCUGUCACAUGGACGAUGCAGGAGAACCAGAAUGAGCAGGACGGCAUCCCCUCCUUUCUGCAGACCGCGGUGCUUCUCAAAAGAAGUCACAGUGGGCCCUUUUACGCCAAGCUGCGUAUCAAGAGCAGCGUCGACUUCGUUGCCCGUCUGCGUCGCGCCUUUCCCUUCACCACCGAUCAGGACAGGCGCAUUGAUCCCGUGGUGUUUACACCCGGUAGCGUUCAGAUGCGGAACUCGAGCAUUACCGGUAUGACCGACGCGGAUCUCAACCACAUGCACGACCUGCCCCUCCCAAACUACUUCAAGGUCAGUCUCUCCGAGGAAGACUCUCUGACUCCACCAAUUGCCGACAGACCGAGUCACACUGGGGUUGUACAGCUGCCACAACAGGACCCGUCAGCUGCCAAGUCGACAGUGUCCCAGGCGAGCAUACCUUCGGAGGAACAUUUGGAAGAGAAACAGCCAGCUCCCGAAUCAGCUGCCGACAGGGACUCAGCUUCGGGUAUAUCAGCUCCUGAUCCAGGGGCGUCCACCGAGAAAGUGAAAGAGGUGAAGGCCCUGGGAUUGCCUUCUUCAACCCUCACCAGCUUGUCGGCGGUUGGACAGUCUGUGGCUGAAGCUGCCAAUAAAGCAGCAGAGGCAGCACGAGCGGCAGCUCAAGCUGCAUCUGCUGCAGUCGAGGCCGCAAAUAGGGCGAGAGUCGCUGCGGAGACAGCUGCAUUGGCUGCAGCGGAAGCCGCCUUGAUUGCGGUGGAUGCGGAACGUGUGGGGGCUAGAAUCAGGGAUUGA